AUUCACGAUUUCAUAUUCCUAUAGUCUCUAUUUUUCGGGUCAAUAAAAGACUAUAAAAGACUCAGCUCUUGAAUGGUCAAGAGCCACACACCAUUCAAUUCUCUAUAAGUAGAAGGGCCCAUAACACUUGUUCCAGGCAUUGCAUCAUCACAAAACCCACCCACCACAACCUCCCACACGACCCCGUUUUUUAUUCUCUACAACAGAACCCACCGCUGAAAAAAUCUGCAUUAAAUCUUUCGCUUAAGAAUUUCGUCAAUUCUAAAAUCUAAAUGGCAUCCUCUACUGUUUCCACUCCUUUCCUUCAACUAGAAUUUCCAUCAACGAGAAAACGCUCAUCCUCAUCCUCGUCCUCGUCGCGUUCUUCAUUCUUUGUUCCUCAGAUCAAAGCCUCUGUCUCCGAGAAACCAUCCCUGUCGGUGUCGGUGACAGCACCGGAAUCAACCAAGCUUCCGAUCCGAAAAAUCCCCGGAGAUUGCGGGAUCCCACUUUUUGGUCCUUACAAGGACCGUCUCGAUUAUUUCUACAACCAAGGCCGUGACGAGUACUUCAAAUCCAGAAUCCAAAAGUAUCAGUCAACGGUUUUCCGCACCAACGUGCCACCUGGACCCUUCAUUGCCCCAAACCCAAACGUCGUCGUUUUACUUGACGGCAAAAGCUUCCCCAUCCUCUUCGACGUGACCAAGGUCGAAAAGAAAGAUGUCUUCACGGGAACCUUCAUGCCUUCCACCGAACUCACCGGCGGUUACAGAGUUCUCUCUUACCUCGACCCUUCCGAACCCAGACACGGUCAACUGAAGCGACUCAUGUUCUUCCUCCUCAAGUCACGUCGCGACAAGGUGAUCCCCGAGUUCCAUUCAUGCUACACCCAACUCUUCGAGAGCCUCGAGAACGACCUUGCUGAAAAAGGAAAAGCCAGUUUCGGAGACGCUAAUGAUCAAGCCGCGUUUAACUUCUUAGCUCGUUCUCUUUAUGGAACGAACCCCUGUGACACCAAGCUUGGACUCGAUGGUCCAAAGCUGGUUCAGAAAUGGGUGUUGUUUCAACUUGGUCCUAUUCUCAGGUUGGGUCUUCCAAAACUCAUUGAAGACUCCGUGAUCCACACGUUUCGCCUUCCUCCUUCACUCAUUAAGAAAGAUUACCAGAGGAUUUACGAUUUCUUCUACGAGUCUUCGGGGUUUGUGCUCGACGAAGCGGAGCGUUUGGGUAUUUCAAAAGAGGAAGCUUGCCACAACUUGGUUUUCGCCACGGGCUUCAAUUCGUUCGGAGGGAUGAAGAUUUUCUUCCCCAACGUUAUGAAAUGGAUCGGGCGAGCAGGGGUGAAGCUCCACACGCAGCUCGCGACUGAGAUAAGGUCCGCCGUGAGAUCCGCCGGCGGCGAGGUUACCAUGGCGGCGAUGGAGCAGAUGCCGCUGAUGAAAUCGGUGGUGUACGAGGCGUUCAGGAUUGAGCCUCCGGUUCCGUUGCAGUUCGGGAGAGCGAAGAGGGACAUGGUGAUCGAGAGUCACGAGCACGCGUUUCAGGUGAAGGAAGGUGAGAUGCUGUUUGGGUACCAACCGUUUGCGACGAAGGAUCCGAAGAUUUUCGAGAGAGCAGAAGAAUUUGUCGGGGACAGGUUCGUGGGUGAAGAAGGUGAGAAGCUGCUGAAACAUGUGCUGUGGUCAAAUGGACCUGAGACAGAGAAUCCAACGGUUGGGAACAAGCAAUGUGCUGGCAAGGACUUUGUUAUGUUGGUUUCAAGGCUUUUGCUUGUUGAGUUCUUUCUUCGUUAUGAUUCCUUUGAGAUUCAAGUGGGUUCUUCCCCCUUGGGUUCUUCCAUUACCCUUACCUCUCUAAAGAGAUCAACCUUUUAGUUUUUUUACUUUUUUUUUUUUUUUUUUUUGGGACCUGUUAAGAUAUGGUUGUUAAUUUAAUAAUUUUGGGGUUCAUCUUGUGGUUGGUAUCCAUAGUCUAGACUACAUUCAUGUUGAUAUGUGUAAUCUCGGAAAGUAGAGUUGGACACUUAGACUUUAAAUAUGAGUGGUCUAGUAAUAGCUUCUAGGUGGGUCAUCAUGCCUUCCACUAAAGUAGUGGAAGUUACUAGGAGUAUAGAUAGCAGAUGCAGGCAUUGAUAAUGUGCUCGAAUAAAUGAAGAAAGGUUGGGCACUGAUAUCUGUGAAUGGAACUUUGGACCAAUUAUAUUAUAUGGAUUUUUUUUUAUAUUAAAAAAUAAAACAUUGUAACAAUCUAU